UCGCACCGGCGGGGCGGGGCUCCGGGUCCCGGGGCGGAGCGGAGACGGGCCGGGUGAGCAGCUCCGGCCCAUGGCGGCGGCGGCCACCCGACCGGACGCCGGGCUGUGGCCGAAGACGCCCGCCGCUCACGUCAGCCUCCAGCUCAGCGCCACCCGCGCCUCCGGACCGCCCCGUCCCCGUGCUGAAGUGGGCACUUCCCGGAGCGGCCCCGUCCGGUCUGAACAUGGAGGAGCCUGGGGUGGACUUCAACCUGAAGAUGGUGCUGGUCAGUUUCAAGCAGUGUCUCAAUGAGAAGGAGGAAGUGCUGCUGGACCACUACCUCGACAGCUGGAAAGGACUGGUCAGGUUUCUGAACAGCCUGGGCGCCGUCUUCUCCUUCAUCUCCAAGGACGUGGUCUCCAAGCUGCACAUCAUGGAGCGGCUGCGGUCCGGCCCCCAGGGAGAGCAGUACGCCAGCCUGCAGUCCAUGAUGGCUUACGAGACAGGGAACCAGCUGGUGGAUGUGGACAGGCGCUCCCGCCACCCUGAUUCGGGCUGCCGCACGGUGCUGCGGCUACACCGUGCCCUGCGCUGGCUGCAGCUCUUCUUGGAAGGCCUGCGUACUAGCGCCGAGGAUGCCCGCCCCUCAGUGCUCUGCACUGACUCCUACAAUGCCUCUCUGGCCGUCUACCACCCUUGGAUUGUGCGUCGGGCUGUCACCGUGGCCUUCUGCACGCUGCCCACACGCAAAGCCUUCUUGGAGGCCAUGAAUGUGGGAACCCCUGAGCAGGCUGUGGAGAUGCUAGGCGAAGCCCUGCCCUACAUCGAGCAGGUGUACGAGGUCUCCCAGGCGCUCUAUGCCCAGCACUCCCUGCUGAAUCUGCCUUAAGCCCAGGGUCACCCAGUUCCCACACCCAUGCGGAGCUGGGCCCACAAGCCUUCAGCGGAGCUCUAGGUCCCUAAGAGGGUGUCUGCCACGGCCCCCAUGAGUCGAGCUUCCGGGAACAGAGAUGGGCAGCUGGUUGCCCGCGCU